AUGUCAGAGUGCAGUAUUAACGAAAUCAAAGACAAAGAACAAGAAUUAGUCAAUAACAUAGAAAAAACAGAUAGCUCAAAUCAUCUGCCUAACACAUCAUGUCACAUUCAUCUAGAGAAAGAAGAUAUUCACAAAGAACACACGGAAGUAAUUGCAACAGACACAAAUACUAAUACAUCUCUUAAUACUCCAAAAACUCAACUAGGAAACACUUUGCCAUAUUAUAUAAGAGAAAAAAAUGACAAUUACAAAUUAGCUACAUUUAAGAUGCGAAGGAAAAUAAUUGUUAUUGCUGACCAACAAGGGCGAAAUAUUUGCAAAACUAUUCAAAAAUUAAUUGGCGAUAAUUUUCUUGUAACUUGUUAUUGGAAACCAGGAGCUAAAAUACAGGAAGUCUUACAAACAGAAAAGAACGAAAUAUGUAAACUUACAAAAAAUGAUUAUGUUGUUGUUCUUGGCGGCGUGAAUGAGAAUAAUCCAUAUGAAUUUGAAUUUUGUAUCAGGUGCUGGCUUUAUAGUGUAACAAAUACUAAUGUAAUAUUUACAGAAAUACCAUAUAAUAGAAAUUUAAACAUCGGCAAACUUAACUAUGUAUUAAGAUUUAUAUGUACAAGCUUUACUAAUGUUUCGUUUAUAAAUACAAAUGGUUCGAAGCCUUUCUUUCAUCAAUAUACUUUUACUCCAUAUAUACCAUGUCGUUUUCUGCUACGUGAAAUUCUACGCCUCGACUACAAAUUAAAAUUUGAGCUUUACCAAAAUAUAGUAAUUUCCUCAAAAUUUACUCCACUUCAGACUACUAGUACACAAACUGACAAUAUUGAAAUGGUAGACACAUGUACACAAAGUGACGAUAUAUUGAAAGACAAUAUCAUAGAGGAAAUCACUCCCAGGCAUGAAAAUAUGACACAUUCUGGUAAAAAUCUUUUUCGUAUAUAA